CUGGAGGACAGAUAAUACUGUUUUGCCAUUUACUGAAGAGGUGAGAGUUAAAUGCCAAGAAUUAGUAACUAAAGACGGCUCAGAAGAUGUCAGGUGAUGUAAGACAAAACUCGCAUUGUAACGCACUGAUAGCUACACUGAUUGUGUUUGCUGUAGACUUGAGUAGUAGGAAAGGAGGUGUGCAAGCAUGGACAUACAACUACAGCACUGGUCCAAACCAGAACUGGUACGAGGCUCGCAAGUGGUGCCAGAAGUUCUUCACGGAUAUGGUUGCCAUUCAGAACCAAGGGGAGACCAAUUUCCUCAAUGAUCUGCUACCAUUUAAUCCAAAAUAUUACUGGAUAGGGAUUCACAGAGUGGCUGGAUUGUGGACCUCAGUAAACACCAGUCAGAGUGUACCUGAAGAGGCUCAAAACUGGGCAUCAGCAGAGCCAGAUACCAUACCCCGUCAGGACUGUGUGGAGAUAUACAUUAAGAGGGCGAGAGACACAGCCAAGUGGAACAAUGAGAACUGCAAUAAGUUGAAAGGAGCUGUCUGCUACACCGCCUCUUGCAAACAUGAGUCAUGUAGUGCUCAUGCAGACUGUGUGGAAAGCAUUGGAAGCCACAUCUGCAAGUGCCAUCCUGGUUUCCGAGGCCUACGCUGUGAAGAGGCGAUCACAUGCAAACCUUUUCCGCAUCCAGAUCAAGGGUCUCUCCGCUGUUCUAAUCCCUAUGGGUCUAAUCAUCUUAACUCUUCCUGCCAUUUUCUCUGUGAAGUUGGAUUUCGGUUAAUAGGCGCGCCUCAACUGAUUUGCCAAGCCAAUGGGCUCUGGAACCACCCUGUUCCUCUGUGUCAAGUUGCACAGUGUCCAAAUUUGAAAUACACCAACUUCAGCGCGAGUAGCAUGAACUGCAGCCACCCCAUCGCAGCCUUCAGCUACAACUCAACCUGUGAGUUCAGUUGUGAUGAAGGCUAUGAACUGAUUGGGCAGAACCAGAUCAUCUGUGACCACACUGGCCAAUGGACAGCCACUGUUCCAGUCUGUACAGUGAGAAAAUGCUCCCCAGUUUUCUCUCCUGCUAUGGGCCACAUGACCUGCGUUGACCCUGUGGAGCCUUUCUCUUAUGGCUCAUGGUGUAACUUCACCUGCAAGGAGGGUUACUAUUUAACUGGGGACAAGGUACUCAGCUGUCUGACCUUGGGACAAUGGAGCAAGCCUACACCUACAUGUACAGUGGUACAGUGCAACAGUCUUCAGGCUCCACCUCAUGCCUAUCUGCAAUGCCAUGACCCUAUAAACAAGCACAGCUACACCUCAAUAUGCACUGUUCAGUGUGAAGAAGGAUUUGAUCUAAUUGGUACAAAUGUGACAAAAUGUUCUUCACAGGGUAACUGGAGUCAUGCACUUCCUGUUUGCCUGGCUAAGAAAUGUACUCCAAUUAGUUCUCCUUCUCAUGGCUCCAUAUCAUGUUCUGACCCAAAUGGUUCCUUCAGUUUUGGUUCUGUGUGCACAUCAACAUGUGAUGAGGGCUUUCUGCUGAAUGGGACGUCCAGCACUGAGUGCACCUCCAUGGGCAUGUGGAGUACAGACAUUCCACCUUGCUUGGCUAAGAAAUGCCCCACACUGAACUCUCCUGCUCACGGAUCCAUAAUUUGCUCUGAUCCUCAUGGAGAGUUCAGUUUUGGUUCUCGUUGCACGACAACCUGUGAUGAAGGUUUUAUCUUAAAUGGAACUGCUGUCACUGAGUGCACGGCUAUGAGCAACUGGAGCACAGACAUCCCACAUUGCUUGGCUAAUAAAUGCCCCACACUGAACUCUCCUGCUCACGGAUCCAUAAUUUGCUCUGAUCCUCAUGGAGAGUUCAGUUUUGGUUCUCAUUGCACGACAACGUGUGAUGAAGGAUUUGUGCUGAAUGGGACAGCUGACACCGAAUGCACUGCUAUGAGCAACUGGAGCACAGACAUACCUCAAUGUCUGGCUAGACGGUGUCCCACUCUGAACUCACCCUCUCAUGGGUCCUUAGUCUGCUCUAAUCCCCACAGAGAGUACAGUUUUGCUUCUGUGUGCACAUCAACAUGUGAUGAGGGCUUUCUGCUGAAUGGGACGUCCAGCACUGAGUGCACCUCCAUGGGCAUGUGGAGUACAGACAUUCCACCUUGCUUGGCUAAGAAAUGCCCCACACUGAACUCUCCUGCUCACGGAUCCAUAAUUUGCUCUGAUCCUCAUGGAGAGUUCAGUUUUGGUUCUCGUUGCACAACAACCUGUGAUGAAGGUUUUAUCUUAAAUGGAACUGCUGUCACUGAGUGCACGGCUAUGAGCAACUGGAGCACAGACAUCCCACAUUGCUUGGCUAAUAAAUGCCCCACACUGAACUCUCCUGCUCACGGAUCCAUAAUUUGCUCUGAUCCUCAUGGAGAGUUCAGUUUUGGUUCUCAUUGCACGACAACGUGUGAUGAAGGAUUUGUGCUGAAUGGGACAGCUGACACCGAAUGCACUGCUAUGAGCAACUGGAGCACAGACAUACCUCAAUGUCUGGCUAGACGGUGUCCCACUCUGAACUCACCCUCUCAUGGGUCCUUAGUCUGCUCUAAUCCCCACAGAGAGUACAGUUUUGCUUCUGUGUGCACAUCAACAUGUGAUGAGGGCUUUCUGCUGAAUGGGACGUCCAGCACUGAGUGCACCUCCAUGGGCAUGUGGAGUACAGACAUUCUACCUUGCUUGGCUAAGAAAUGCCCCACACUGAACUCUCCUGCUCACGGAUCCAUAAUUUGCUCAGAUCCUCAUGGAAAGUUCAGUUUUGGUUCUCAUUGCACGACAACGUGUGAUGAAGGAUUUGUGCUGAAUGGGACAGCUGACACCGAGUGCACGGCUAUGAGCAACUGGAGCACAGACAUACCUCAAUGUCUGGCUAGACGGUGUCCCACUCUGAACUCACCCUCUCAUGGGUCCUUAGUCUGCUCUAAUCCCCACAGAGAGUACAGUUUUGCUUCUGUGUGCACAUCAACAUGUGCAGAAGGUUUUGUGCUAAAUGGUACAGCUAUCACAGAGUGCACAUCUCAAGGCAGGUGGAACAGAGCUGUUCCCCAUUGCUUAGCUGAAAGGUGUCCUAUUCUCACUCCUCCUUCUCAUGGGACUUUAGACUGCUCUCAUUCUCAUGGCGAGUUCAGUUUUGGCUCUAGGUGCACAUCAACCUGUGAGGACGGCUUUCUGCUAACUGGAAUUCCUGACACUGAAUGCACCUCUGCGGGCACAUGGAGCACAGAAAUACCAGGCUGUCAGGCACGCCAAUGCCCCCUGCUGGCCAAAUCACCACAGCAUGGGAGGAUGAACUGCAGCCAUCUGAACUCUCCUUUCAGUUAUGGCUCACAGUGUGACUUUAAAUGUAAUAAAGGUUUCUGGCUGAAAGGAAGAUCUUCUAUGAUGUGCAACACCUCAGGCCACUGGAAUCAGGAUCCACCCACCUGUCGACCUGUGCAGUGUAAGGCCAUCCGUGCCUUCUCCUCAGACCUGUCUAUGAAUUGCUCUCAUCCUCUGGGGAAUUUCAGCUUUAGCUCUGAAUGCGUUUUCAGCUGUAAAGAUGGAUUCACCCUCAAUGGCACAGCAGUGAUGCUUUGCUCUGCCACUGGGAUCUGGAAUGACAGCCUGCCCAGCUGCACAGGUAUGUCGAUAGGGACUGCCAUGUUGCUGUACACUGGCGCAGGGGCGGGAAUUGCUGUUGCGAUACUUCUCCUGAUAGGACUGACUGUGUUGAUCAUGAAACAAUUUAAGAAAACAGGAAAUAUGAUCACUUCUGAUGUCCCGACAUGGGGUGAAAGAGAGAAUCCAGCAUUUGAGUUUUGACCUCUUGUUCCUUUUUUGAGAUGUGAUUUUACUUUUUGCUUGUUAUUAUUAUUAUUCUAAGAAGCUUGGUAGUUACUGCAUCUACUUGCUCUCGCUUAAGCAAUAGCAAUUCAUAUGACAGACUUCAUCCACGAUACAUAAAGUAUGUCUACAGCUGUUGCAUUAGGUCCUCCCUGAAAAUUUCCAAAAGUCAAUAAAAUUUUAAAAAAUCU